AUGACUUUCUCCGCGACCCCCUCACCUUCCUCGUCUCCCUCCUUGGCGCCAGUCGAUUCCUCUCCUCCAUCCUCGCCCUCUCUUACAGCUCUCCAAACACCGCCAACUUCCCCAGGAGCAAGAGAUCCGUUCGCGGGAUCCAAUAAGUCUGUGAAGCACCCCCGCAUAUACGAGAGAUCCACAUUUCCAAAGGCAUCCGGAUCAUGGGACACGCUUGACGGCACACGACCAGACGCGACGCCGAAGCCGACGCGUCCAACACGCGUCGUGGACCCGUUCUCCGGUUCCGCGAAGAGAGAAUGGCGUCCGCCCACGUACGAAAGGAGACACAGAGAAGGAGAUGAUACACCUCACGCCAAAGCGGGUCCCUUGUCCUCUCCUCCAUUUGUCAGCCAGUCAACACAUCACUACGCUUCUCCGACUCCUGCCGCUCGUACACUUGGUGCAGGCCUGGACAGCUCCGACUUCGAGCUUUCAGAAGAUGAGGGCGAUGACGAAGAUAUCAAACGUUCCACCAAGGCCGCACCACCAGCCAAGUCGGAGGAGGAAAUGUGGGAGGAGGCGAUCGCCGAGGCAAUUGAAAAGCUUCAUGGCGUUAUAUAUCUCAGUGGGAGUAGUGUCCUUGGCCCGCAAGUGUCGCACAUACCCGCAUCUAUUGAAGAGCUGGCCAUCCGCACCAUCCUCCCUCUAGCAACCGGUUCGUCCAGUGCUCCCCCUUCUCCACCGCGAUCCCCUCCUCCGCGUCUUGCCCAUCUUCCAGUUCCAUCCCCGUUUGCAACUGGGCGUCGGUUUGGUCGUGCGUCAACAGUUGCUGCCGCAGCAUUCGAGCCGACUUUCUUCAAGAGCAAAGAUGGUGAACGACUUCGAUGUACCCCGGCUGCUCGGGCAGCGUCUCUCCAGUCCGUCAUCCAACAGCCAGCCGGUUCACUGAGAAAAUGCGAACUGCAUCUCUUUCUGGCUCACAACACUAUCUCUCUACUUCCACCCGAGUUGUUUCGCGUUACAUCGUUGACUGUCCUCAGUUUACGGUCAAACUGCCUCACAUCAAUUCCACCCCAAAUCGCCUGUCUAGUCGCUCUGCAAGAUCUCAACCUCGCCCAAAAUAAGCUGCACUGGCUUCCCGGGGAGAUGCUAACGAUGCAUCUGAAAACGUUGGUCAUCUCCGGGAAUCCGUGGAUCGAACCCCCUCCUCCACCAUCAGGUCACCCAGUAGGCUGGAAACCCACGACGCCGACAGCAUCACUAUUCGGUUUCCCCUCCCUGACAGAACUAUGUCUCCGUGCACUUGUUGCGCAUCCGAAGCCUUCUCCACCGGUUGUUACAACAGAUGCAGCCAGUCAGGCCCCCGCGUUGACCUUCCUGGAAUCUUCAUACGACCUUCCCCUCACCACCGACCUCAUUAUCAACCCCUCCAUCCUCUCCGUCCUCCGCGUAUGCGUGCCAGCCGCAGUCGCACGUCCUGCCGAGCACCUCACCCGCACCAAACGAAGAAGGGAGGACUCGCAUUCCAGCAUCUCGGACGACGUUUUCGGCACCCUCUCAGCCUCAUCCUCUGCCCGACUUGAAGAUACACCGAGCUGCUCGGAGGACACAACAGGGUCUGGUGUCUGCCCCUCCCCUCGACAUAGGGACGGGGAUUUGUGGCUCGACGGUCGCGAGCCCGUCUUCGUGCAUCCCUCGGAGGAGAGGUUCACGUGGGAGGACAUGGUGGCGGGUGUCAGUGUAGGCGGGGAGGGUGUUGUCGGGGCUGGCGUUCCCUUGCGAUGGCGUGGAUGCUCGCGCGGAUGCCUGGCAUUCCUCGACCCCCCAGAACCUUCGCCACCAGUGACGACCCAGGUCCCAGAGCAAGCUGCGGAUGCGGAUGCUAUUGAUGAUGAAGACGUCCUCGACCUCGUGCUGAGCGGAGACGACGUGGAGAUGGAGGACCUGCGAUAUACCGGGUCGUUCGCUGACCUAGGGGACUUUGAAGACGAGAACGCAUUCUGA